AUCCAUUCCACUGCACCAUUCACAUACCAAUCUCAAACUAAUUUGUCUCUCCCUCUCAUUCACCGCAUCUUAAAUAUCAGUCCAACCAACCCACCAUGAUUACUGAAACAACUAAACCAGAUCCUGCUGCAUUGUUGCCCGAUGAAGAUGAUCAGAAGCAAAAACAUAGCGAGAUCAGAGAGAUGAUCUCUGCACUCACUCGUCGCUUUGCCGAUCUUCAAUAUGUUAACAAACCUGGAGCCGGAGGUACAACAAGCCACCACCAUGAUCAGGAUGAUGAGGAUGAUCAUGGUGUGAGAAUCAUCACGCUCGCUGGAAGCAAUUAUGGAGCCACAAUUCGAAGCGAGUUGGAGGAUAUCAAAGCCAGCAACAGCAGCCCUCAAUUAGGUGUGUCACUUGGAGGAGGGGGAGAUGAUCAGGAGCAUGAAGAAUCACUGAGUACCUACGUGAAUAGCAAUUUCCAAGCCAUCAACAAUUCAAUCAUAAUGGGUGGUGGCUACUCCAGCAACGAUCCUGGUGUUCAUGUGGACGUCUCCGAAUACAUGGAACAUCAAGCCCACCGCAAGCAAGAAAAGAAGGUCGACGGCAAGAGGAAAGACAAGGAAACCUACAAAAGCGACCAACAUUCCCAGUAUGCUGAUUAGGCUUAAUUGUUACCCCCAUCAUCGCAUACAUCGUACUAGUACAGGUGGUGCAUGGGAUGAAUAACCUAUUAAUUACAACUUAUACUCUUUGCCUUAGCUACCGUACGUAUUUAAGUCUGCAUUAUUAUAAAUAAGUGGGUGUUCACUCUAACUCCCUAUACUUAUUCAUCGAAGCUUCCCGUUGGGGGUGUAUUGUAUUAAGACUUUGACCGUGAGUAUAUCAGCUUCAUCGUAAUAAGGUUUCUAUCCUCAAGUGAGGACAUGUGUUUCCUCUUCUAUUAAAAGUACAAUUAUAAGUUAAAGUUUACUGUGUACAUGUAUUUAUUGCCGGAGAAUAAUGGGUCUAUCUGGUAUGUUCUAAUCUCAAAUAUAAUAU